AUGUCUUCCGUUACCACCAACGGCCAUGCCAAUGGCAUCAAUGGCACCAACGGCGUCAAGCCCCAAAAGUCCAAUGUUGAUGUACUAAUCGUCGGUGCCGGCCCAGCAGGCCUCAUGGCCGCCGCCUGGAUGGCUCACUGCGGCAUCAACGCGCGCAUCGUCGACAAGCGCAACACCAAGAUCUUCACCGGCCAAGCCGACGGCCUCAACUCCCGAACCAUUGAGAUCUUUGAAAGCCUGGGCUUUGCCGACCGCGUGUGGAAGGAAUCCAACCAUAUGCAGGAGAUCUGCAUGUGGAAUCCCAACGCCGAGGGCAUUAUCCACCGCUCGGACCGCAUCCCCGACACCGUCAUCGGCAUCUCGCGCUUCCAGCAGUGCGUGCUCAACCAGGGUCGCAUCGAGCGCUGGUUCACCGACAACAUCAAGAAGUACUCCAACAACACCAUCUCGGUCGAGCGCGGCGUCCUGCCCGAGUCGCUGGUGAUUGACGAGUCCAAGGUCGAAGACGACGACGCCUACCCCGUCACCGUCACCCUCCGUACCUUGACAGACGAGGAAGCCACGCCCGUGCAAGCCGCCACGGCCUCCAAGUCUGCGGUGUCUGACGGUCUCUUCCGGAGCAACCUGAUGCAAGAAGACGACGAAGCCGGUCUCCUCCGCAAGGCCCAGUCCCGGCCCGGCACCGAGGAAAUCGUACACGCCAAGUACGUCAUCGGGUGCGACGGCGCCCGCUCGUGGACGCGCCGCGCGCUGGGUCUGGAGCUGGAGGGCGAGGCAACCGAUUACAUCUGGGGCGUGAUGGACCUCAUCCCCAUCACGGACUUCCCCGACAUCCGCCACCGGUGCGCCGUGCACUCGGCCGAGAACGGGUCGCUGAUGGUCAUCCCGCGCGAGAACCGCAUGGUGCGGCUGUACAUCCAGCUCAAAGAAGUCGUUCCCGACGCCUCGGGACGCGCCGACCGGUCCAAGAUCACGCCCGACUUGAUCUUCCGCGCCGCGCAAAAGAUUAUCGCGCCGUACAAGCUCGACUACGAGUACUGCGACUGGUGGACGGCGUACCAGAUCGGCCAGCGCGUCGGCAACAGCUUCGCUGACGUGCACAACCGCGUUUUCUUGGCGGGAGACGCCGUGCACACGCACUCGCCCAAGGCCGGGCAGGGCAUGAACGUCUCGAUGCAGGACACCUUCAACCUCGGGUGGAAGCUGGCCCUCGUCCUCAAGGGCAUCUGCAAGCGCGACAUCCUGGCCACCUACCAGAGCGAGCGCCGCCGCAUUGCGCAAGAUCUGAUUGACUUCGACCACAAGUUCUCCCGCCUCUUUUCUGGCCGCCCGGCCAAGGACAUGAUGGAUGCCGAGGGCAUCGACAUGGAGGAGUUCAAGCGCGCCUUUAUGCGCGGCAACGAGUUUGCCUCGGGCAUGCAGGUCGACUACGGGCCGAGCAAUCUCGUCGUCAAGCCAGGCGAUUGGCGCGAGCAGGGCGACAGAAGCGAGAAGAGCGCUAAGCUGCUCACCGAAGCCAAGAUCAGCGACGACAAGUUCGCAAAGAAGCAAGCACUGGCCACGGAGAUCCCCGUCGGCAAGCGUCUAGCUUCCUUCAAGGUCCUCAGCCAGGCGGACGCCAGGCCGUGGCACGUCCAGGAGCGGUUGAAAGCCGAUGGCAGGUUCCGCAUCGUGCUGUUCGCUGGUAACAUCCUCUCGCCGCAGCAGAAGGCGCGGGUGGACAGGUUCUGCGCCAAGUUGGACUCGCCGGAGAGCUUCCUGCGGAGGAUCACGCCUGCGGACAAGGCUAUUGACAGCGUCAUUGAUAUCUUGACGAUCCACUCCAGCCCGAGAAGGGAGACGGAGCUGCUGAGGGACUUCCCGGCUAUUUUGCAUCCGUUUGAUCAGCAUCUGGGCUGGGAUUACACAAAGGUGUAUGUGGACGAUGUCAGUUACCAUGAAGGGUUUGGGGAUGCUUACAAGAACUAUGGCGUAGAUAAGGAGAGGGGAUGUGUGGUGGUGGUGAGGCCGGAUCAGUAUGUUGCGUGGGUGGGUGAUAUUGAUGACUUUGAGGAUUUGGAGAACUACUUUGAGGGGUGCUUGAGGUUGCCUGCUGUGGGUGCUGCGCAGGAUAUAAGCAUUGUGACGGAGACUGUCAGCAGCGUGACUAGCAAGGUGGCUGGGGAGGUUAAGCUGGCCGUGAGAGCCGGAAUCUACUAUAUGCGCCGCUGGAUCAUCGGCGCCUAUAUUCUCAUGCCUCUGACCUACAUCGCCUGUGUGUGCGUCGCCUUACUCCAAUGUAUCCCCCCUUCCCGGCAGUGGCAGAUCUACCCCGACCCGGGCAACCACUGCCAACCGGCGAUAUCAGUUCUGCAGACGGUUUUCGUCAUGAUAAUGAACACCGCCACGGACUUUUACCUUCUCGGUAUCCCCCUGCCUAUACUCUGGAAGUCGAAUCUGCCCUGGACGAAGAAAUUGGUGCUGUUGGUCAUGUUCAGUGGCGGAUUUAUCGAAAUGGCAUUUGGGAUUAUGCGGUGUGUUAGUAUUUUAACUAGGGGAAACAGGGACCCCGCACAAACAGGCUACUGGUCCGUCCGCGAAUCCUUCGUCUCCUUCGUCCUGACCAACAUGCCCAUGAUCUACCCGCUUCUCAGGCGGUUGAUGGAUCACGUCGUCUACUCCCUCGGUGGUUGGGUAGAUCACGUCGUCUACUACCUCGGCGGCUGGUCACGCCAAAGCAGGACAAAGAAUGGGGGCACCACCACCACCAACAAAAAAAACAUCAGCAUCAAACCCAACGGAUUCAUGCUCACCCCGCAAAGAUCUCCAUAUCCCAUCGACAGCCCCAUGUUCAGCCCAACCUACUCGGGUGAAUCACGCGGAGUGACCGGUAGACCGGGUCCCAUUCCCGAUCCGCUCUUCCCGAUACCCGGCAGCGAUCUGGAGACCUUCUGGGUAAGCACGACAAGCGAGGAGACCGGCACCGGACCACCAGGUAGUUCUAGAGACUCUAGGCAGACUUCACACGCGACGGUUGGGAGUCAAAGCGGGAUGGUGAGUUAUCAGUCGAACUGCGACAGUCCUACUCGGAGUAGAAACGACUGUCGUCAGACGAUGCAGACAGCGCAUGGACCAUACUUUGGGAUUGUGACGUCGGUGGAGAGUUCAGGGAUGAUUGCGGAGCAGCCGCAUCAUGGUUGGUGCUCGGGUGAGAGUAGUAGUAGUUCGGACAACGGUACGGCGGGAGGUGCAGGGGGGAUUAUGGUUACGAGGGAGGUUGGUGUUGUGAUAGAGGAGGGGGUGUGCCCCCCUAGGCCGGAUACACCUGGGUUACCACCGCCGGCUGAGCUGUGGGGAUGGGGGGACUUCCACUUGGGGUAUUGA